AUGGCCUCUGCUUCUGCUGUUGUCCGACUUGCCGGCCUGCGUGGUCGGGAGCUUGAACCUGGAGGAGCUGAAUGAGAUGCGAUACGGCAUCGAGAUCUUGCCGCGGCCUGUCAUCGGGGGGCAGAGCCAGUCUUCUGAGGUCGUGAUUGUCUCCUCCAAGUACAAACAGCGAUACGAAUGCCGUUUACCAGCUGGAGCCAUUCACUUCCAGAGGGAGCAUGAAGAGGAGGCCCCUCCUUAUAAAGGGCCUGGAGUCCCUGAGUUGCUGAACCCAAUGAGAGAUGCACCCUGUCUAGUGAAAACCAAGGACUGGUGGACAUAUGAAUUUUGUUAUGGACGCCACAUACAACAAUACCACAUGGAAGAUUCAGAGAUCAAAGGUUCUGUUCUCUAUCUUGGAUAUUACCAAUCUUCCUUCAACUGGGAUGAUGAGACUGCCAAGGCCUCCAAGCAACACCGCCUAAAACGCUACCACAGUCAGAUCUAUGGAAAUGGCUCCAAGUGUGACCUGAAUGGUCGACCCAGAGAGACUGAGGUCCGGUUUCUGUGUGAUGAAGGUUCAGAUGCUUCAGGUGACUACAUUGAUCGGGUAGAUGAGCCUCAGUCAUGUUCUUAUGUGCUGACUAUUCGGACCCCUCGACUCUGCUCCCAUCCUCUUCUUCGGCCUCCUCCCAGUGCUGCCCCCCAAGCCAUCCGAUGCCAUCCA